AUGCACUCCAAGACAUUGGGAGUAGUUCUCGGUUCGGCCGCGUUGACAAACGCCGCUAAUCUUUUCGUCGCGGAUUAUGGCGGUAACCUCAGCACGCUCAAGUUGACCGAGGCGCAAAACGGCUACAAUCUCGCUGUCUCUUCAGUUUCGCGCGAUUGUCAGCCUGGCCCGUCUUGGUUGACGUUGGACAAGAAGAACAAUGUGCUUUACUGCCUUGACCGUGGCCGUCAGACUGGCUCGCUAAACUCGUUCACGAUUGGAAACAAUGGUGCUUUGAAGACCGUUGCAAGGGUCAAAGCACCUUCGGGCGGGGUGGCUGGCGAGAUCAUUACUGGAAACAAGGGAAAGCGCGGAUACUUUAGUGCAGCCUACGAUUCAGGUACCGCAGCAGUAUUCGCUGUUGGUGAACAAGGCGCUCUCCCAGGAACUGAGCAACUCCAACAAGUCACGUCAAAGAUCGACAAGAUAGGCCCCAUCCCAUCACGACAAGAGGCAGCUCAUCUCCACCACGUCAUCAUCGAUCCAACUGGAAAGUAUGUCAUCACACCUGAUCUUGGUGGUGAUGUUUGCCGCGUCUGGUCUUUCGAUAAGGACAAGCUUGCUCCCAUCGCUGAAGUGGGUGCCCUCAAAGCUCCCGCUGGUUCCGGACCCCGACACGGGUUCUUCAAGGUCAUGAAGAGCGGUGAAACCUUUUUCAUCUUCAAUGGUGAACUUGACCAAAAGGUGUACUCUUACAGAGUCACGUACACUCGCAUGGGUCUUACUUUUACCAAGGUCUUUGAGAUUACAUCUCUCAAUGCCAAAUUCCCUCCCAACACGGCUCCCAUUAGCGAGAUUGCCAUGAGUCCCGAUGAACGAUUCGUUGUAGUUUCGAACCGCGAAAAGUCAUUCGCCACUUCCAUCGAAGCGCGCUCUGGUCCUUCAGACACCCUUACCACAUUCUUGAUCAAAGACAACGGUACUCUUGAGCCAGUACAGGCGGCUCCAUCAGGAGGUUGGCUUCCACGCCAGUUCUCUUUCAACAAAGCUGGUGACAAGAUUGCUGUUGGUCACCAGGUCAAUCAAACUGUUGUUAUCUGGAAGCGUGAUGUCCAGACAGGCAAGAUUGUCACCGAGGCGGAAGGUGGAAAGUUGGCGCAGAUUAAGCUUACAGGAGAUGUUGUUGCUACUGUUUGGGAUGAGUGA